AACCAUGUUCCGCCUACCAUUUAAAGAUUAUAAGAAUCUAAAACCUGCAGUUCAACAUCACUGUAUUUAGUUUGAACUGUUGAAGAGACAAACACUCAAAAAUACUCUGCAGCUUCAUUUCAUCUCAGAUCAGUUUUACGUCAUCUUGACGUACAACCUCAAUGAAAAAAUGAGGUUUCUAAUCUUAUUCAGUGUGUCACUACUGCUGAAAAAUUGUGAUAGAAUCGGAGGACAAACAUCGGACCUUACCCAGACAUCAGUGUACACGACAGGAACGGAGGCAAUCCCCCUCACAGAAUCUGUUGGAGACCCCUGUCAAGAGCUCAACUGCACUGAGAUUGAACGGUGUGAAGAGAAACACGGUGUUUACGGCUGUUCCUGCAUGGAAAACCAUUACAGAUCUCUGAAUGACUCCUUUGAUUUAAUUGAAACCUGUGAAAGCAGCUCUGGCUCCAUGUCUCUGUCUCGCUGUCAGCUUUUUGAGGCUGGUUUUCCUUCCGACAUCUUACACCUCAAUGACCCCAGCUGCAGAGGAACAGUCCAGAAUGGCAGAGUGGAGUUCUAUUUUGACAACAAUGAACACAUCUGUGGCACAAAUCUUGUGGCCAAUGGCACCCAUUUCAUCUAUAAGAACGUUAUUGUGGGAGAGACAAACUCAUCUGGACACCUCAUCAGCAGGGAAAUAAUUCUCAAGCUUCCUUUUAGCUGUGUUUACUUACAAACCCAAACAAUCUCCAUGAACAUCAACCCUCUGGAGAGUGCUGUGCACAUGACCCUUCCUGCUGGUCAAGGGACAUAUCGGGUCAGGAUGAUUCCAUAUCGGGAUGCUGAAUUCUCUCACCCCUUCGCUGGUAGUUUGAACGUAGAGCUGAAAGAACAGAUUUUUGUGGAAGUUCAUGCUGAUGGAGUUGACAGCCAUCAGUUUGCUUCAGUGAUCGACACAUGUUGGGCUACACCUGUGAACGAUCCUCAUUACCCUCUCCGCUGGGACCUCAUCACUAACAUGUGUCCCAGUCCAAAUGACAAAGUGGAGCUUCUGCAGAAUGGUGUUUCUACAUCCAGCCGUUUCUCCUUCAGCAUGUUUAUCUUUGUUUCAAACUCCACAAAGAUUUACCUGCACUGCGCAAUUCACCUUUGCCUUCUGACAGACAAUCACUGCUCAGUGCGCUGUGACUCUGAACACCAUCACAGAGAGGUCAGAUCUCUGGACUUCCGUGACAGUACUUCCUUAUCUGUGGGUCCUUUGAUGUGGUCUGAUGGUAACAAAGGUGUGCAGGUCUCAAACCAAGUGUGGGUGUCUAGGGCUCCAAGUCUGUAUUCUUCUCUGAUGAUAUUACUCAUUUCUAUGAUAAGUAUUCUUCUAGACUUUUCCUACUAAAUAAUCAUUUUAAGGACUCUCCCUGUAACCUGUGUUUGAUUAAUUCGGCACUGGUGACAUAUUCACUUUACUGUAUGUAAUCUGAACCUCAUGUUAACAAUUUCAGUUUGCAGACAUUGCUGAACUGUUUAUUCUGAUAAAUGUAACUAGUACUCUUAUGAGAUGGAAUA